GGGGGUUGGGGGUUAUGGGUUAGGGUGUGUGUGAAGGGACUAUAUUAGAUCUUGUUUGCCGCAAUGUCUUCCCUGCGCCAAGCCCUAUAGUUUCAGUAUAAUUUUUUUUUUUUUAUUUUUCUAUGAUUUUUCCCCCCUGUAUCUUCCUAAUUUUAUUAUAUUUCCUAUCUUAAUUCACCAAUAAUUCUGAUCUAUCUAUCCUUAGGGCCUCCUUCUUUAUAUGUGUAGUUUGAUAGGGUUAGAAAGGUGUGGAUCCAUCAAAUCUUAAAAUUAGGGUUUCCCACCUUUUUUUUUCAAUCGCGCCAGUUCCCCAAUCUAUACACACAUCUAUAUCAUCUAUACAUACAUAUAAUUUCUUUCUAUAUUUAUCAUUCUGAUUUGUAGAUCUUUUCAAUUUUUUUGUUUGAUCAUUUGGGGACUUUUUUUUUUUUCUGUGAUCAAUUUUCGAUUCGGCGCUGGGUUGGGUUUCUCGUAGAUAUAAAUUUUUAUUUUUUUUUAAUUAGAAUAUUUGGGAGUAAUGGAUAAGAAGAAAGUUGUGGCACCGCUUGUUUGUCAUGGGCAUUCUCGUCCUGUUGUUGAUCUGUUUUAUAGUCCAAUCACUCCUGAUGGAUUUUUCCUCAUCAGUGCCAGCAAGGAUUCUACACCGAUGCUGAGAAAUGGAGAAACUGGAGAUUGGAUUGGAACAUUUGAAGGGCAUAAAGGAGCAGUGUGGAGUUGUUGUCUGGAUAAGAAUGCUCUUCGUGCUGCAUCUGCAUCUGCCGAUUUCAGCGCGAAAUUAUGGGAUGCAUUAACUGGGGAUGUUUUGCACUCAUUUGACCACAAGCACAUAGUUCGAGCCUGUGCCUUUUCAGAGGAUACAAAUCUGCUGCUCACCGGUGGUUUUGAAAAAAUUCUUCGGAUAUUUGAUUUAAACCGACCAGAUGCACCUCCAAGGGAAAUUGACAGCUCUCCUGGUUCAAUUAGGACAGUUGCUUGGCUGCACAGUGAUCAAACUAUAUUGAGUUCCUCUGGAGAUGCUGGUGGAUUGAGGUUAUGGGACGUGAGGAGUGGCAAAGUUGUUCAAAUCCUUGAAACUAAGUUUCCUGUAACCAGUGCUGAAGUAAGUCAAGAUGGUCGUUACAUAACAACUGCUGAUGGUUCCUCUGUCAAGUUUUGGGAUGCUAACCACUUUGGAUUGGUGAAGAGCCAUGACUUGCCUUGCAAAGUUGAAUCUGCUUCCCUGGAACCAAAGUUCGGUAAUAGGUUCAUUGCUGGAGGAGAAGAUAUGUGGGUUCAUGUCUUUGAUUUUCACACUGGAGAGGAAAUUGGUUGCAACAAGGGACACCAUGGUCCUGUCCACUGUUUGCGGUUCUCCCCAGGGGGUGAAUCCUAUGCCUCAGGAUCUGAAGAUGGGACUAUUAGAAUAUGGCAGCUGGGCCCUCUUGGUCAGAUUGAGGACAACGGGUCUACUACUGCAAAUGCCAGUGGUGAUGGUAUGGGUGAGGUGACCCAAAAGAUUGACGAGUUGGCUGUUUCAGAAACAAAGAAGACUGAAGGGACACAUGUUGAUGGUGUGGAGAAGCAUUGAUUCAAAGUGCCGGAAUGCAGAAUUCGACAAUGAGGCAUAGUAAAUCACAGAAUAAUGCCAAUAAAUUCGUGCGAGAUUGAUGACCAGCAUCUAACUCUCAGUACAUUUUCGCCUAUGAUCAGCAAUUGGAGCUUCUUGAAUUUAUAUUUUCCGCGUAGGGUCUUUACAGUAUAGUUCAUGUACUUUAGUUUCUUAAAAAAAUUUCGCAGUUUGUUGUUAUAAAAUUAUAACGGGGAGAUGACUCACCUUUUAUUUGAGACGAUAAUUUCGUAAUUGUGUAAAAAAUUAUCAUGAUUUUAAGUAAUAUCUAUAGGCAGAUAUCACUAAUUUAAUCCCUCUGACCAAAAUGGACACCUAAAGUUUGGUGGUUGGUUAGAUUG